AUGAGCAAACUUCGAAUUCAAUGUCUGUUCCUGGCCCUGAUGCUUGAAUGGGCGGUGGCAUCUGUGACGGCAACAUCAGCAUUGGCGCGGGAUGCUUCUUGCCCGUCUCUCCCGAUCGAAGAACAAGCAAAAAAUGUUUCUGUCAAUGCAACAGAGUGUGUCGAUGAUCACGUUGACUGUGAAUGGUGGGCAUCUGAAGGAGAAUGUGACGAUAACGCCAACUACAUGUGGCAAUUCUGCCGUAAGAGUUGCGACACCUGCAAGGGAUUCAAGGAGCUGAAACUGGAUAUGGGAGUGAAGCAGACGAUUUCUGGAAGAUCAAUCGACCCAGAGCAUGAGGAAGAGCUGAAAGAAUUGCUGGAGGACACCAAGGAGUACAUGGAAAAUGUAGUGUUCAAAGAUCCAAAGUACCUCAAUGUGAGACGUCAUUGCCGAAACCUGGAUGGGGAUUGCACCUACUUGGCACACCAGGGAGAGUGCGAAGAAUCACCGGAUUACAUGAAUGAGUUCUGCCCUCUGGCUUGCAAAAGCUGCAUGGAAUUGGAUGAGAACUACCGAUGUCACUACACCCACGAUGACAAUGAUGCAACGGCUGCGUGGGGACCGGGAGACCUGAACAAGAUGUUUGAACGGAUCGUAACCGACCCCUUGUAUCUACGCUAUCAGCCACGAAUCCUUUCCCGGCCUACAGUACCCAUGGACGACAAGACCGAAAUCUUGCAAGGUCCUUGGGUUGUCGUUUUGGACAACUUUCUGUCAGACGAGGAAAGCGACACUCUGAUCGAAGUUGGAAUGGACAUUGGCUACAAACGAUCUGCCGAUGUGGGUAGAAAAAGGUUUGACGGAACCUACGAAGCUGAAGUCAACGAAGACCGAACGAGUAAGAACUCAUGGUGCGGAGGCUUCUGCUUGGAGGAUUCCAAUACACAGCGAAUUCUCCAAAGAAUCGAAAACGUCACCGGGAUACCCAGUGACAACGGUGAGAUGUUGCAAUUGCUGAAGUACGAGAAGGGCCAGUUCUAUAGAACCCACCACGAUCUUAUUGCCCACCAACGAGACCGCCCUUGCGGUGUACGCAUCUUGACGUUUUUUCUCUAUUUGAAUGACGUGGAAUUGGGUGGGGGAACCAACUUCCCCGAACUUGGUUUGACAGUGCAGCCAAAGAAGGGCAGAGCUCUGAUUUGGCCAAGCGUGCUAGAUGAAGAUCCCAACGAAAGAGACGAUCGAACCGAUCAUCAGGCUUUGCCAGUUAAAGCUGGAGUAAAGUACGGGGCCAAUGCAUGGAUUCACCAACGCAACUUUGUGGAGCCAUUUGAGCGGCGCUGUGUCUAG